AAAGCGUGAUAUUAUUCAUGAUGUGGAUGACCGACGUGUGCAUAUAUGUAGGUCGGCAAUACGAGGGGUAAUCGUAACGCUUUUACAUUAAAAUUUCUACGUAAAUCUACGUAAGGCCAUUGUCGCACUGGUUCCACGUGUUGUUUAUAUUUUUAGUUUGCGCGCCUACGUAGUUUAGCACGUUUUACGUACCACUGCGUAGCCUUUAUGAAAUCCUGAAGCUUGGCUGCUUCACUUGUUGUCUUACAUCGGGCUUGCGUGUCUACAAUGUGGACCCACUUGUUGAGAAGGCACAUUACAGCAAAGAGGAGUUGGGGGAAGUAUCACUAUGUGAAAUGGUGUUUCGUACCAAUUGGCUACUUUUGGUGCGAGCCCGAAGGCCCUGCAGCCUCAUGCUUCUUGAUGACCAGCAGCGUGCCUUUAAAGCCGAAGUCCUCUUCAAGUCACCUAUACGAGCAUUACGGGCCAGGAAAGAUAAAGUGGCGGUAGUAUUAACAUCUUCGAUCCAAGUUCUAUCACUGCCAUCGUUACAGCGUGUCGCCUUGCUACGUACGCCGGCGUCCUCCCGUCCGCUGUGUUCUCUUGCGACGGAUCCCAACGCGGUACAAUUACUGGCUGCGCCUGCGCAUCGGAAGGGUUCGUUGCAAUUGUUGGACAUUUCUCGAGCGGUGAAAGGCGCUCAGUCCAGUUCGCCGGCGGUGGUGGGUUGCCAUCAAACUGACCUGGUUUGCCUUAGUCUGUCCGCAAAUGGUGCGAAACUGGCGACUGCCUCUGAGCGAGGUACAAUCAUACGCCUGUGGGAUACCGGUACUAAGCAGAUGAUACACGAGCUAAGGCGAGGGUCGGAUUACGCUGAUGUGUACUGUAUAAACUUCAACUGGUCGGGGUCGCUCGUGUGCUGCGUGUCGGAUAAGGGCACGCUGCACGUGUGGGCUGCGCGCGGGAAUUACGCGCACGUGUGCGCACCGGCCGCGUCCUCUACGCGGGCUCUGUGCGCUUUUACGGACGAUUCCAGCGCUGUUGUUAUAAGUGAGGAUGGUACGUUUCACAAAUUCACAUUCUCUGCAGAAGGAAGUUGCCAUAGAAAUGAUUUUGAAUAUUUCCUACAGGUAGGUGAUGACGACGAAUUUCUGCAUUGAUAUUUUAUUUAAUAUUCAUGGACCUAAUUAUCAAUAAGCGUUGUACAAAUCUGAAAAGCUAAAAACAAUUUAAUUUUUAAAAGUGAUACAUAUUUUAAACACAGUACAAAAUUAUAGUGAUCAUGCAUAUUUUAAUGGGAUAUUGCAAAAAUUUAUUAUAUAAGAAUUGGAGCAUUCAUAAUAUAUAAUUUUCCGUAUUUUAAUCUGUUCAAAUUUUUAAUCUUUGACUUGUGCUUGUGAAUUAAUAUUAUUUUGUUGAAGUUUUAAUAAGACCAAUUUAAUUAUAUCCACUGUAUUGUAAAUUAUAACUGGAAUUAUUUUUUAUUAUUAUUAUAUACACAAAUGACUCAAGAUAUCUUUUGAGAUAAUCUUACUAACUUGCUUGCAAAUACGCAGUGAAAUAUUGAGUGACCUGUUAAGUGGGAAAUAAAUAUAAGACUACAAGAAUCAUCUUCAAUUAUUCAUUAAAGGUUUACAUUCAACAUCCAUGUUAAGAAAUAAUUGGAAAGUAAUUAACAUUUACUACCAGUUACCAAAUCAAGAGUAUAAAGCGGGCAAGAAACUUGACCAGGUAUUCUGUUUAAUUGUUUGGUUUACACGUAAAUUGUAAGGAACUGCAACCAUUACACCAUGCAUGCCUGUGAGUCAUUUUAAGAUAAUUGAGGCACUAUGUCCUAUGGUGUUUAGUGUGCUUUAUUCAAAUCCGUGAUAUUAUACACUAUUGCAUUUGUUUGUACCUAAUGUUGUGGAUCACCUAUAUAUUAUUUAAAUAUUUCGCUUACAUUAAGGCAACUUGUAUAUCAUUUACAUUUUUUUAAAUUUAUAUUUAAUGUAUCGCGCAAUGUACAUAAUAGUUUAAAUGUUUGUGAUACGUCAUUUAGCUUUUCUAUAUAUAAUUUAGUAUUUUAAUAAUGACUUUAAUCACUUGCUAUUAUAAUACUGAAACCAUUUAUUUUUAAACUUAUUACGGGAUAAUUGAGAGCUCAAUGAAAAAUAUUUACCUAUUUUGUUUUUAGUCAUAAAUUCUUGUGUAAAGCAACGAAUUCUAAAAUAAUGUCUGUCUGGGUAAAAUGUGAUGUCACAGGAAGUGAUUACUUAUAUUAAGUUUAUGUUAAAUUUAUAGUAGGAUUGAACUGAUGUAUAUCUUUAAAAUCAUAUACAACCCCCAUAAAAGUUGUAUGUGUGUAUAUAAGUGCAUGUUAUAAGUUAAUAUAGAUAUUAUGUGAUGGCUUGUUAAAGUUAUGUAUUUUAAGAUAGAACACAAUACAUUGCUGACAAGUAGUCAUAUAUAUCGGAAUAUCAUUUAAGGGUUAAAAUUUGGCUACAAAGAGCACAUUUGUGUAAAUAUUAUAUUAGGUUUAUUUUUUUAUAAAAAUUGUGACAAUGACAGUCUCCACAGUUUUUUAUAGAAAUGCUAGGUGUUGAGGAGUGUUCUCAAUAGGGUAUUUGCAAUUUUCACAAUAAAAGAUUUCUUUUAUAA